UCCCUGUGUUUUAUCGUUUCGGUGAAGAUGGCCCUGGAGACGGUGCCGAAGGACCUGCGGCAUCUGCGGGCUUGUUUGCUGUGCUCCUUAGUCAAGACUAUAGACCAGUUUGAAUAUGAUGGGUGUGACAAUUGUGAUGCCUACCUACAAAUGAAGGGUAACAGGGAGAUGGUCUAUGACUGCACCAGCUCAUCGUUUGACGGAAUCAUCGCCAUGAUGAGUCCAGAGGACAGCUGGGUCUCCAAGUGGCAGCGAGUCAGUAACUUUAAGCCAGGCGUGUAUGCUGUGUCAGUCACUGGUCGUCUGCCCCAAGGAAUUGUGCGGGAGCUGAAAAGUCGAGGAGUAGUUUACAAAUCCAGAGACACGGCGAUAAAGACCUAGCUAGGUGCAGUCCACAGCAUCUUGCUCUCUCCUGCCGGGCUGUGCUUGUUUUCUUGUGGAAUUGAACAGGCGGAACUCCAGACACUCCUACCCUCCUCCUCCUCAGGAUCAGCAACACCCGUGAAAGCGACGCAUCCGGCCCUUGAGUCAUCUCACUUUCUCUGACCACUGGUGUAGUGGGAGUGUCUAGGUUGGUGAUUCUCAGAGACUGUGUCAAGGAGAGAGUAAGAUGCUGAUUUUUCUACCUCUGCCCAGGCCUUUGCCUUUGACCAUGGUCAGGACUUUGGUUCAAAUACCAAUAAAAUGAACUUUUGGAAUGU